AUGCCAUCGGCAAUACGGAGGCUGACCGCAUUGGUAUUUGCCAGAGGCCUCUUUUUUUUCAGCUAUGCUGCUGGUUUAUUCUCGCUUCGGAUGCUAAUAAAUGGAAACGCUCAGUUUGAAAGGCUAUUGCAAACCGUUCAAGCUCACACCGUUGUCGGCGCAUCCCCACUAUUGCGUCCCUCACGACUUCGCGAAUCAAAGCUGAAGCGUUAUAGGCAAUCGUGA